AUGCAGACUGCUUCUAAAAACAUUUGUGAAAGAAUGGCUCGCUCUCAGGAGCUCAGUGAAUUCAAGCGUGGUACUGUGAUAGGUUGCCACUUGUGCAAUAAGUCCAUCCAUGAAAUUCCCUUGCUACUAAAUAUUCCACGGUCAACUGUUAGUGAUAUAACAAAGUGGAAGAAACUGGGAACAACAGCAACUCAACAAUGAAGGGAGCGGGUCAGUGCAUGCUGAAGUGCACAGUGCACAGAAGUUGCCAACUGUCUUCAGAGUCAAUAGCUAAAGACCUCCAAACUUCAUGUGGCCUUCAGUUUAGCACAACAGUACAUAGAGAGGUUCAUAGAAUGGGGUUUCAAUGGC